AUGGGUUGCUGUGGCUGUAGAGGCAGCUGUGGCGGCUGCGGUGGUGGCUGUGGCGGCUGUGGUGGCUGUGGCGGCUGUGGUGGCUGUGGCGGCUGUGGCGGCUGUGGCGGCUGUGGCGGCUGUGGCGGCUGUGGAGGCUGUGGUGGCUGUGGUGGCUGUGGUGGCUGUACCACUUGUACUUGCUACCGUGUGGGCUGCUGCUCUGCCUGCUGCCCCUGCUGCUGUGGCUGCUGUGGAGGCUGCUGCAGCCCCACAGUUGUCUGCUGCCGCCGCACAUGCUGCAGUGGCUCCUGUGGCUGUGGUGGUGGCUGUGGUAAGGGCUGUGGCUGUGGCAAGGGCUGCUGCCAACAGAAAUGCUGCUGCCAACAGAAAUGCUGCUGCAAGAAGCAAUGCUGCUGCUAG